GUUCGGCAGUUGGUAGAUUAUUAGCGAAAAGUCUCUGAAACAGCGAACAGCUGAUACAUCAAGUUUACGAACUGUUGUUUACUCAAUAGUUUUUCAAAGCAUCAACUAUUUUAGUCAUCGGUAGGGAUUUUAUGUCGAAAUAUGGCGCUAGCCGUACCGGUAAUUCAAAACGCAAGGGCUGUGUUGGAAGGAGGCUGUUCUGUUACUCCAGAUUGUCAACUUAUUUCAUCUACGAUUCAAACGAUGGCUCCCCCAGAAAGUAAAGCAACUUUAGCUGUCCCACAAACAGAGGAAUGGCAACAGACUCGAUUUGAAAUGGAUAAAUAUCUUUGCUGUUCUCAAUCGCCAAUAAUUCCUCAACUGGCAAAUCUGAGGAAAAGAAAAUUUCGACGAGAGAGCGCCAAUGUUGUGAACGAUUUUUUUACGUUUGAUGACGACUUGGAAGAAAAGGACAAUGUUAUUUGUGACAAAGUUUUUCUGAGUUCUCUGGAGGACUCUUAUCCUGUUACAACAUCUGCUAUGAUACAGCAAACAAUUCAMCAAAAUAAUAUAUACAAUAUUUCAAACGUUUCGCGAGAGAUCAAAGUCAUUCCACCACCGAGUGACUAUACAGUGAUUUUUCCUCCAACGCCGCCAAGCUCCAAUCCAGGAUCUCCAGAGCAAGCACAAAUUAUUCUAACUCAUCCUCUUGGUCCUCCACCACCGUAUACACCACCGCAAGCACUGCUUAUGAACGGCGCAAACAACCGAAGGAAUUCGCCAGACUUACAACGAAGGCGAAUCCACCAUUGUGAUCAUCCCGGCUGCAAGAAAGUUUACACCAAGAGUUCGCAUUUGAAAGCUCAUAUGAGAACACACACAGGAGAAAAACCGUAUAAAUGCUCUUGGGAAGGAUGUGAAUGGCGUUUUGCAAGGUCUGAUGAGUUAACCAGGCAUUACAGAAAACACACUGGAGAUAAACCAUUCAAAUGUCAACACUGCGACAGAGCUUUUGCAAGAUCUGAUCAUCUAGCGUUGCAUAUGAAGAGACAUCAACCGCAACACUCUCACUAAACAAUGAACAUWGACUUAAACUAGUGGAAGAAAUCAUAGUUAAUAUUAACUAUGGAAGAAACAGUUCUGUUUAUUUCAUGUUGAUGUUGAGGAAGGACUAAAAGAACUGUUUGUGUUUGAUAAUACGAUUUAUUGCAACAGAGAACUUAUUUAUUACAUCAGAGCUGAUUUCUAGUUCGGUUCAGUGAGGAUUACAAAGAACUUUCUAUAGAUUGUAAAUAUUUUUGUAUAAAGAAGCAUUCAUCUGGGUUACAUUGAAAAAAGAUAAAAAGAAUAAGUCAAAAGAUGUAUUUUAUUCAAUAAAUACUAGAUUAUAUAUAAAAUUAUAUUUAUACGAUUUACAGUAAUAUUUUAUUUUCCAAUAUGGAUUGCAAGAAAUAAAGAUGACAAUGUUACAACUGACAAA